GGGCCUUGCCCUACCAUGGCGGAUGUCGGGGUUCUGACGACACUGUCCUCAAACCGCCCAGAUCUCUGGUAUCAGAAACGGACCAUUUAUUCACUUCCUUAUUAUUUGACAUGAGAAUCCCAUCUGUAAACUUGCACAGCUAGUGGUUUUCGAUUCACCUCCUAGGCUGGUUCCCCAUUACAUGUGCAUUCCUCGAACCCCGAAAUCACGGCUUACAUACUGACCUUGUAGCCUUUUAAUAUUCAACUUGAUCCCACAUAUUUUCUUUCGUCCAUUCUUUCAAGUCGAAAUUAAAUUUCUAAUGAAUGAUAGUCUUUCAUCAUGGCUGAUAACUGUUGGUACCGGCCCUCAUUUGUGGGCUCAGCGAGUAAUGUCCCAUUCUUCACUACCUUCCAGGGUGGCCCGACUUCACAACGACGAAUUCACCAUCGCAUAGUUAAAACUACAAGUGCUGAUAAUAGCCCUAGCCGGAUUGGAAAGCGAGAUAUGAUGUUCAACCAUUGUCAUGGGCAGCGUCGUGUUGUUCGAAAUAGUAUGCGUGAACUGUCUUUCCAUUCUGCUCUACUGGGGGCCGUCCCAAGCGAAAGCCCAGCAAAUUCGUUACCUUCUCCGACGCGUUCAAAUGUUACAUAUCCCGGUAUUCGACCACCGUCCACAUGCCAGGAUGGAACAUAUGAGCACAAGGAAAUGCUUAUGUCGCCUGCAUAUAUGAACAACAAUGGAUUAUACACUCAAGAAUACGCUACAAAUCACUAUGGCCGUCCAAUACAUCCUCAAAUGGAAUUCCCACACUACCAACUGGAUGUUUCUCAUCGUAACUCUCUAUAUAUCAUGGAAUCGCUCUCUUCAGACCCGCCUACAACAAACUACUUACUCUCUUCAACUUGCUACAGUAUGCCGUUGGCAAAUGAUUUGGCGAGUAUCUCGACAGCUCCAACCGCUCUCUCGACACCGGACAAUCCUCCCACCCACCACCAUGAUAGUGAACCUGAAACUCCACCCUUAGUUCCGGAUAGGGAUGAACCUGGCGAAGAACUCGUCGGUGUGGGAUUAUACGAUAAGCCUGAAGAACUACCUCAGUGGGAUUAUUCAAUGGACAAUUAUUUGAGACUGGGAAACGACACAGAGUCUCGAAUAUCGCUAAAAACCUCUGGGGGCAAGGGACUGAAAUUGGAGGAAACGUUUGACCCUGAUGCCGUUGAGUCUUUGCAAGAUGACGAUGACAGCGAUGACGAAGAGAGCCGAGAUAAAUCCGACAUGGCGAACGACCAAGGAAAUGGUGAUGACGAUGACUGCAUCCGAAGAAGAGCAAACCAAGAGCAAGAUGAAAUAUCAACGCCAGAGGAUCCCAAGCUCCGGGUCGAGCAGAAAAUGCAAGCAUUCUACAGCCCCUUUGAAACGUCUUCUUACCUUCAACAAAAUGAGCCGUGGGUUUUAUCUUCUCAACAACAUGAUCCAGAGAGUAGCCCUAUCUAUCAUCUAGAUAUGGCCGGCAGGUCGUUUUACUUCCAAGAUGAACAGGACUCAGAUUUCGUUAUUACAAAGUCGAACCAACAGUCCAUGACUUUCCCCUCUCAUUUGUUUGGACCGUCUUACACUGGUUCUGUGUAUGGCUGAAUUGGCGGAAGAAAAUUUUAGAUCCUUGUGUCUUUUUGAAUCUAUUAUUUUCUAGGCGUGGUGUUAUUUUUGAGCGUCAUUUUGCAUAGCGUGGACAAAGCGUAUCAUUCUGCUAGAAAUUUUUGACCCUUAAAAUGGAAUCGUGCAACAUUAGCCCUCGAGUGCUCGUUUAGCGCUCGAUUUUAGAAUGUAGAGAAUACAUUGUCUUUGAGC